AUGGGCCUCGAAUCCCAUGUAGAAUCUCUCAAGCUGCCUCCCGAGCAGCAGCAGCAGCAGCAGCAGGAGCAGGAGGAGAAGGAGGGGCAGGGGAAACAGGGAGUGGUGCAGCCGCAGCAGAUACUAAGCGGAGUACUUCCAGGCUUCCGCUCAGGCGCAUAUAGCGCGGAUGCACAUGCUCUAUGUCUUGGGAGCAUGGCGAGAGGGGUAGGAGCGACGUUAGUGGAAGGACCCGAGCCUUCAAGUCCCCCUCAUGCGGAGAUUGUGGCGCAAGAUUGCGCGGGGACGGCGCAGAAGCGCCAGCGCAAGAUGACCCCCAAAGGCCUGGAGCUGGAGCGCGCGCUCAUGGUGCGGAAGAGAGCGCGCGCCGCCGCUAGGAACCGCGCGGAGCAACCGAGCGGAAGAAAGAAUGAGCAGGAAGCAGCGGGUAAGUGGGCAGGCGGAGCGGAGCGGGGAUGCGGGGGAAGCGGUGUAAACGGGAGGCGAGUAGGGGAUAUGAGUUGGAGUGUGGAUGUAGCAGGGGGGCCCGUGGAGCGUGCAGGAGAGGCGGCGAGGGGAAUAAAUGGGCGGAUGGGAGUGGGGGAGUGUGCGCUGAGCGGAAGUAGCGGUCAAGAUAGGGACCAAGAUUGGGAAUCACGCGGGGGGAACACGGGGAAGAGUGCUGGCGGCAGUUUGCAGCCCGGAGAGACGGGUUGGGAGGAGUGGAGGAGGAAUGGAGGGCGGGAUGGUGGUACGGAUAGCAGACGGGAAGCCUCUUUUAGUGGGAGACGGUACAGGGAAGAGGAGGAGGAGGAGGAGGAGGAACCUCCCUGGGAGCAGAGAAAUGGGGGAGAAGAAGAAGACAAAGAAGGGGAGAAGAACAAAGCGGAUGGGGAGGAGGAGGAGGAUGGGAAGGGGAGUCUAGCAGGCCGGUUGGCAGGGUUGGGUGCGUCGUAUGCGGCAGAGUUAAGGGAUGGGCUGGGCGGCUUCACCUGUCGCAUGCAGGAAAGGGAGGUCGCAAUUGUGGUGAUGGAGCGCACUGGAGGGGCCGAAGGAGGAGGCGAGGAGGGGGAGGAGAGGAAAGCGAGCAGGCCGAGGGGAGACGAGGAAAGGGAGACUGUCGGAGGGGGUAUAGUUCUGAGGGUGGCGGAUGUGUUGAGUAGGCGGGUUAUGCAGGCGGAGGGGGAGCUGGAGAGCGGCAAAAGCGGGCAGGGGGAGGUGGGGCGCGGGAGGAACGGAUGCGUGGUGUUGGGGUGUGAGGUGGAGAGCGAGAGGGAUGCGCGUGUGGGAGGGGAGGAGUUGGAGUGUGCAGUUGAUGUUCCUGUCAGCCUUUGUCUCAACGGCCCGUUUCAGCUUCCAGGCUACUCCUCUGGUGGUGCUGCUGGUGCCGUGGCUAGGCUUGUCGCAGUGACAGCACUGGCAGCAGCAGCAGAAGCAGGAGCAGGAGCAGCCGCAGGAGCGGCAGCAGCAGCAGCGAAAACGAGAACGUGGGUAGGAAGGAUGGUGGUGGCAGAAGGGGAUGGGGGAGGAGAGGGGACUGCCCGCCAACACAGCCGUUUAUGCCCCUCGCCACCCCACGUCUGGCCUCCUGGUACAGACCGGCGAGGGACGAGAGGAGAUGGCAAAGGGGCGAGAGGCGGCAAUAGUAGCACAUCUGGUGAUUCUAAGGGGAGCAGUGGUAGCGGGUCAGGUUCAGAAGGUCGGUUGGGCGGGUGUGGGCGAGGUGGUGGGGGUGGGAGAGGGAGGGGGGAGAGAGGAGCGCGCGGGAGACGCAGAGGGAGGGGCAGGCGGGGUUUCGGUGGUAGGAGGAAGCUGAGGUGGGAGAUUGGCGGUGGUAGGGAGGUGGUGAGAGGAAGGAGACGAGGUUCGGAUGGAGAGGAAGCGGCGACGAGAGUUAGACGGUCUAGGAGGCUUGAGCUGAAGCAGACUGAGGAGGAGGAGGAAUGGGAGGAGGAGGAGGGGGACGAGGAGGAGGAAGAGGACGAAGAGGAGGAGGACGGAGAGGAAGAGGAUGAGGAGGAUGAGGAAGACGAGGAAGAGGAAGAGGAGGAAGAGGAGGAGGGGGAAGGUGAGAUGCAACGGAGAGGGUGGAUGGGGCAGGGGAGGGGGGUGAGGGAAGUGAGGAAGAGCCGGGAGAAGGUUGGGGAGAAACGAUAUUGGAUGAAUCAUAGAAAGGAGGAGCAGCAAGGGGAUGAGAAAGACGAGGAGAAAGAGGAGGAAGAAGGGGACAAGGAGGGGCAGCGUGAGAAGGAGGGACACAAGGGUGUGAGAGGGGUGGGUGAGGAACGGGAUGAAGUGUCCAGUGAUGAGAAGGAGGUGAAGGAGGUGAAGGAGCAAGGCGGCAUGCAGGGAGGGAGGAGAGCAGGUGGCACGGGAGAAAGCAAGGCGGAUGAAAGGAAGGGCGUGGGGGGAGUGUGCAGCAGGCGGAGGAGAUCAACGAGUGGCAGCAGCAGCGGGGAACUGCAUGCGUCUGCUGGGCUAGGGCAUGCGCAUGGGCAUGCGCAUGGGCAUGCGCAUGGGCAUGGGCAUGGGCAUGGGCAAGAGCAAGAGCAGCACAUCCCUGUGCAUAUGCACAUUCAGGAUCCGCCAACUUUGCCCGGCAACAACAUCAACAACAACAACACAGCAGCAGCAGACGGCAUCAUCGACCUCCUUAGCCCCACGUCCACUGACACGCCCGUCCUCGUCGCCUCCCCCUUUCGCUCUCGCUCUCACUCUCGUUCUCGCUCUCGCUCUCACUCUCGCUCUCGCUCUGGCUCUCACUCUCGCUCCCACUCUCGCUCUUGCUCCCCGUCCCCUGCUCGCUCCCCACCAUCAUCCUCCCCGUCUCCUCCCUCCUCGCUCUCCACCCUUCCCCCCUGCACGUGCACUGGCAACGCCACCUGUCCUCACCCCUCUUGCCCGCACCCCACCUGCCUGCACCCCUCGUGUCUUGAGUCCCGCAUCUUUUCGCCCGCAGGCUGCUCGUGGCAACGCAAGAGGAAACGGUGGCACGUGGAGCAAGAGUUGGAGCAAGUAGAUUAUGCGAACGAGGGUUUAGGCAGCAGGCACGGCUGCCACGGCAGCAGCAGCAGCCCCACCGAACCCACAGCAGACCCCCCGUCCUUCGCGUUAGGAUCCUGGAGAGGUAUGGAGGGGGAGAAGUGGGGGGGGAGGGUUGGGGCGAGGAGGCUGCUGGUUCGGCUGGCGGUUGUGGCGUUUGCACCGGCGUGGAGAGCGAUGGGGCAGAGCGGGGCUGCGCGUGUGGAUAGAUGCCGGCAUGGGUGGUUGAGGGAGAGGCGGAGAUUGCUGGGCAGGUGGAGGGUGGAGGAGAAGCAGAGGGAAGAGAGUGAGGACGAGGAGGAGGAGGAGGGAUGGGAGGAGGACGAGGAGGAGGAGGAGGUGGAAGUGAGAGGAAGCGAGGGAGGCAAGGAAGGGGAUGAGGUGGCAUUGGUGAGGGCUCAAGCAGGGGGAGAGAGGGAAGCAGGCAGGGAGAUGGGGUAUGUGAACGGCCAUGAUAUGCCUGUUCCCAUGGCACAUGGCAGCAGCACACCACCAGCACCACCACCAGCACCACCAUAUGUCAGCAUGGCCCACAAUCCUGCUGCUGCAACUUGUCUUCACCACCAGCUGACUGGGCAUGACAACUUCUCACUCGCUGCCUGUGGAAAACUGCAAGUUCCAGUAGCAGCAGGCACAGCAGCAGCACCGACAGCAGCGGCAGCAGUGGCAGCAUCAGCAGCAGAAGCAGCUGCAGCUGCAGCGGCAGCAGAUGCACCCAAGCCUGUGGGCCUGUCGGGGCUGGAUGUGAUUCUGUCACAGAAGCGCGGAUGGGGAGGGGCGCACGCGAGCAGGGAUGGGCAGGAGGCGGGAGGGAGUGCAGAGGGGCACAGGCAGGUGGAAGCGUGCUGUAUUGGGCAUGGAGGUGGAGGGGACGGGGAGGGGCGGAGGCAGGCGGAAGAGAGUGCAGGGAGAGGGGGAGAUGAGUCUACAGAGCUGACAGUUGCUGCCCCUGCUGCAGCAGCUGAGGGUGAUGCCGCCGGUUGUGAUGGGGGCCUAGCUCAUCCUGUUCUUGCUGCUGCUGCUGCUGCUGCUGCUGCUGCUGCUGCUGCUGCAGCGGUACGUGAGUGUGAAGAGAGGCAAGCACCAUGCGAAAGGGAGGAAAGGCAGAAGGAGCAGGAGGAGCAGGUGUGCGGGAUAGAGUCAGAGCCAGUCACUGUGGUGUGUGAGCACACUGCUGUGGAGAUUUCAACUCAAGUCACUUCAGUCACUGCUCUCUCUGCCCCCGCUGGGGUCGCUCCGGCUCCCACCUUCCAUCUCUGCGACCCUCUGCUUUCCACUCCUGUUCGCCCCACUCUCCCCUCCGCCCCUGCCGCUGCUGCUGCUGCUGCUGCGAUUGCCACAGCAGUCAGCACUGCCAGAGACACUCAGCUGCCACCGCGUGCACCCAGCAAUGUGCCUGUGCCUCUCACUCUCGCCACCACUGCUGCUGCAGGUGCUCUUGGUUCUGACCCUGCAGCAGAAGCUGCUGCUGUUGAUGGUACUGCCGCUGCUGGUGCUGCUGCCGCUGAUGCUGCCGCUGACCCGAGUUUGGAUGCUGCAGAUUCGUCUAUGCCACAAGGCCUCCCAUGCACACCAGGCAAACAAUCGCUGCAUCCUGCUCCCUUCCUUGCUUCCCCGUCUGCUGCUGCUGCUGCUGCUGCUGCCAGUAUUGCUGCCGCUUCUGCUGCUCCUAGUACUGCUGCUGCUGGUGCUCCGGCUGUCAAUGCACCUGCGACACCUGCUGGCAGUGGGGGUGGCAUGGAAGUGGUGAGGGAUACGGGGGUGAGGCCCUUUGCUGUUGGGGCGCCGCCGAUGGGUGUUGGAAACUCCGCGACAGGGGAGACCGAGGCUGGUGGCAGCGAGGGAGAAAGACGAGCCACUGGAGGGGCCUUGGUCGAGGAGAUGGAAGCUGAGGAGGAGGGGAGCGUGAAGGAGGAGAGAGGGAGGGAGGAGAGAGUGAGGGAGGAGAGAGAGAGGAAGGAGAGAGAGAGGGAGGAGAGAGGGAAGGAGGAGAGAGAGAGGGAGGAGAGAGGGAAGGAGGAGAGAGAGAGGGAGGAGAGAGGGAGGGAGGAGAGAGAGAGAGAGGACAGAGGGAAGGAGGAGAGAGGGAAGGAGGAGAGAGAGAGGAGCAGUGGGAGAGAUGGCAGUGGGAGGGAUGGUGAAACGGCACGGGAGCAGGAAGAGCAGCAGGUGGGAGGGAGCGAGGAGGGGCGAGGUGAGCGAGGUGAUGAGAUUGGGAAGACAACAGCCGAGAGGAAAGGGCAGGCGGAUGUGCAGGCGGCGGUGCUUCCUGAGGCGCCUCAAAGUUCACCUCAAUGCAAGAGGAAAGGGCAGGCGGAUGUUCAGGCUGCGGUGCUUCCUGCUAAUGCCUCUUCUUCCUUCUCCUCCUUGCCAUUGCCAGAUGCUUGCUCUGAUGCUCUUAUGGUGCAGCAGACUCCUGAAGUUGGUUCAUCAGCUGAGUCACCCCCGAGGGCUAAAGAUUUGCUGGAGACCGCCAAUCUGCUUCUUCCGUUGGCCCUCCUGCCCGUGAGGCUGAAAACUUUCAAGCUGCCCGAUUUCAUAAGGCGACAUAGGCACCACCGAGCAGCAGGAAGAGGCAGGAGAAGGAAACAUCAGGUGCAGGAGCGAGAGGAUGAGGGGAGGCGGGAAGGCAAAACUGAGAAGAGGGGGAGCAAGGGGACAAAAGGCAGCAGAGGGAUGAGGGACAGCAGAGGGGCGAGGGUAGAGACGAGAGCAGGAGAGCAGUGGGACAAGGUAGAGUGCGGAUGGGAAAACGACGGGCAGCAGCAGGAGCUGAAUUUGAAUGGUUCAGGGCGGAGGAAGAGGCAGAGGAGUCACAGGAAAAGUGCCGGUGCAAGGGAGAGGGAGGGGCGAGAGGGGGUGGAGAGGAUGCUUGCACUGGAGACUGCUGGUGCUGCUGCUGCUGCUGGUGCUGCUGCUGCUGCUGGUGCUGCUGGUGCUGGUGAAAAGGAGGGUGCGGCUUCCUCACCCGCCCUGUCACUGGCCGCAGCAGCAGUGGCAGCUGCUGCAGCUUCUGUGAGGCGCAGUGCAGGUUCAGUGGCAGCAGGAGAGGCAACACCACUCACAACAGCGCAGAAUGUUUCCGUACCUGUUCCGUCUGCUGCUGCUGCUUCUGCUGCUGCUGCCUCUGCCGCUGCUGCUGCUGGUGGUGCUAGGGAGCAGGAGCAGCUGGAGGAGCAGAGAUCGGAACGGCAGCAGUGGCCGCAGCAGCGACUGGGGGAUUUCAAGGCAAGAAACGCAGGGAGGCACGGGAGUAGAGGGGGGGGCAGUGGUGCUGCUUCCGCAGCUGCAAAACAGACUGCUGCAGGAGUAAGAGCAGGAGCAGGAGCAGGAGCAGGAGCAGGAGCAGGAGAGCCUAGGACAUGGUCCUUGGAAAGACGGUGGAGGCAGGGAGAGAGGCAAGAAGAAGGGCUUGACGAAGGUGGCAGGUUGAGUGAGGGAAGCGAGGGGAUUGGACGGGUGGAGGACCAGGAGCAUGUGAGGGAUGGAAAGGAAGAGCAGGAGGAGAAUGAGGAAGAGGACUUGGAAGAGGAGGAAGAUGAAGAGGAGACAGCUUCUGAUGUAGAAACGGUGUGCUUUGAGUCGUCUCACGCGGACCAGUGCGUGUCUAGUGAGCGUGCAAACACUAGCGAGAGAGUUGGAGCGAGUGAGAGAGAGGGGGAGGGGCGAGGGGGAGAAGCGUAG